UAUAUCAAUAUACGUAAAAUUAAAUCGUUAAGUCAGAUUAAGGUCGGAAAGUAUGUGCAAAAUAUGUAAGUGCACUAUUUCAAAAUACAACAUGUUGGCUUAUUUGGAUUUUUAUAGAUGUAAUUACAGAAUAUAUACUGGUGAUAAUUUUUGAAUUUAAUAAGGGUAUUUGCAGUUAUAUAAAAUUGAAUAUGAGGGAGUACAAAAAAAUAUGAGUAAAAUUUCUUCACUAUCAGUGCUAUUCAAAUGGAAUAAAGUUAAAGCAUCAUGUAAUAAAACAUUACCAAGAUCUAGAUGUAAACAUGCAUGUUGCUUACAUAAUGAAUAUGCAUAUAUCAUUGGUGGAAAAGAUGGCAAUGUUUCAGUGAAAGAUUUUUGCAGAUUUCAUAUAGGAACACACAAAUGGGAGGAACUUUCAUAUAGAGGGGAAAAGAUUCCGUAUUUUGAAGGACAUAGCCUAGUUGCACACAAGAGACUUUUGUUACUAUUUGGAGGUGUACUGAGUUAUGAUCACACAGAAUCAGCCUUAUGGAUUAUAAAUCCAGAUUUACAAUAUAUCAGAAGGCAUGUCCCGGAUGCUGGUAGUACACAGCCAUGUGCCAGACGUCAUCACACUUCAGUAGUCCAUAAUAAUGUGAUGUAUGUGUAUGGUGGAUACAUUGAUCUUCAGGGAUCAACCUCAGAUGUAUGGGCGUACCACAUAGAUGAUGAAGAAUGGGAACAGAUAAAACCUAAUCAGAGAUUAGAAAAUACCGCAGGCAGUCGACAUGGACAUACAUCGGUUUUAUACGGUCGAGAGAUGUGGGUAUUUGGAGGAAUGUCUGGCCUGCAGGCAAAAUCAGACUUCUGGAGAUUUAAUUUGCAUUCAUUGAAAUGGGACAGAAUAAAGAUAAAGUAUGGACCUCCAUGUUUGUCUGGACAUUCAGCUACAGUCGUGAAAGAUUACAUGGUGAUUGUAGGUGGAGAAAGUAAUGGUGUAAUGUCAAGUGAUAUAUGGGUAUUUGGUUUCUGUACAUUGAAAUGGACACAUUACCAACCCACUCAUCAGUAUCCUUCACCUCGUAAAUGGCAUACAAUUAUUCCUGUGACAGCACGAUACAGGAAGGGAGACAACUCUGUCAGAACUAAAUCAUUACCUCAUCUGCAGAAGAAAGGACACAACAAUGUGGUAAACAGACCAAAAUCAAGUCCUGUUUAUUCUUCUGCAAGAUUUGCUAGACGAUCUCCUGAGCAGACUGAAAAUGCCAAGUUAAACCGUCCAAAUACUUUAGCACUUAACACGAGCAAUGAUUCAAAUCAAAAUAACUCUACUUCUCAGCCAAUUGAAAUGGCAAGUUUAAGUGAGAGAAAUACAGACAGGAGAAGUCCUUUUAAAGGAAAUGGAUUUGAGAAGGGUACAAAACAGAAAGAUGAGAAAUCGCCACUGUUGUGUAAUAGACAGACCUCUAGGGAUAGUAUGAUAUCUAAUGGUAGUGGGCUAGGGACAGAUAACCCAUGUCUAGAGCUAGAUAGUAGCUGUGAAAAAAUGAAUAGAUUUGCCAAAUGUGACAAAGACAGCUCUGAUUGUCUGGUUUCUUUAGAACUGAAAGAUAUGAGUGAAAAUAUCAAUCUGAAAGAUUCAUUUCAUAAGUCUCAAGUUGUUACUAGAUUUGUGAAAAAUAAAAAGCAGAAUUUUCAUGCAUCAAAUAUUCCAGGACAAGUCAACCUGUCUCCAAAUGGUGAUACAUUCCGUUGUAAAACUCACAGCAAUAAUAAUAAAUCAUGUGAUCUGGUUGUUGAAGAUCUUGAAUUCUAUGAUAAUUACUUCUCUAACAGUACUCAGGAAUAUAACAGACUUAAACCCCAAACACAUUCCAGAAAGGUGGAUAUUACAUACAGCUCAAACAAAGAUUUAAAGGUUAAAAAUUCUGAUACAUCUUUUUAUGAAACAGAAUUUAAUGACAAAACUAUGGUGAAUAGACAAAAUUCAUUAGAAGAAAAGUCAUAUUCUAUGAGUGAUAUUAGUAAACCAAAUCUUGUCCAAAUUCAACCAAUAACCUCAAAAUCAACCAGCAUGCAGUUACCCCAAAAAGUGCCUUGUAGGAAAUGUAGUUUGAAUUGCUGGAUGGAGGAAACUGAGAUUGAUGAUGACACCUCAUCCCCAGUUGAUGAUGACACCUUGUCCCCUGUUGAUGAUGACACCUUAUCCCCAGUUGAUGUUGAUAGUAUGUCGAAUGCUACAUCACACAUAGUGAAACAGUUGAAUGAUGAUGUGAUAGAAUCCAAACCUACACAGGACCAAGAAGCUGGUAAAGAGACUGUUGUUGAGAAUGGUCCACCAUACUUGUUGUUGAUUGGUGGACAUGAGGAGAGGGGUACCAAUAUAUUUGUAGAACCUAUUAUUGUGUGGCAGUGUGAUGUUUUAGUCAGGCAUAGUGAUAUCAGCCAUGGAGAAUACAUGAAAUCUAGUCUUGUUAUAUAGAAUUUUGACAAGGAGACAGAAUUCAGCCAAACGUAAAUGUGCCAGAUAUGCAGAGUUUGCAGGGUCUUUCUACUAUGACAUUUUAUACAGAAAAUGUUGAGUUUCACUACAGUACUGUACACAG